UACUAGCUAGAGUACAAGGUUCAUGGUUCAGACAGCCCAGUCUAGCAAAAGUUUAUUGAUUUUUAUAUAAACUGUAAAAAAAAUUGUUGCGACAUAAUUUCUUAGUUUGCAUGAGCUGCUUGGUGAGGAUGAGGAGAGUCCUCAGGCUCCUCAAGAUCAACCCUGUUGCUGGACAGAGAAGCAUGUCUCAGAGCAGUCUUGCUGGCAAAGUAGCCAUAGUUACUGGUUCCACAAAUGGCAUCGGCCUGGCUGCAGCUCAGGCUCUGGGUAAGAGGGGGGCCCACGUGGUCGUCAGCAGCCGGCGGCAGGCCAACGUGGACAAGGCUGUGGCUCUGCUGAAGAGCCAGAGCAUCGCAGUAACUGGAACCACGUGUAACGUUGGCAAAGGAGAGGACAGAGAGAAACUGGUUCAAACGGCUCUGGACCAGUGCGGGGGCAUCGACAUCCUGGUGUGCAACGCAGCCGUCACGCCUUUCUUCGGAAGCAUCAUGGACUCCACAGAGGAAGUUUGGGACAAGAUUCUUUCUGUAAAUGUAAAAUCGACCUUCUUCAUGACUAAGCUGGUGGUGCCUCACAUGGAGAAGAGAGGAGGAGGAAACGUCAUAUUUGUGUCGUCUGUGGCUGCAUACCAUCCAUUUCCGGGUUUGGGUCCCUACUGUGUGAGUAAGACGGCCCUGCUGGGUCUAACCCAGAACCUGGCUCCUGAGCUGGCCCACAGCAACAUCAGGGUGAACAACGUGGCUCCAGGAAUCAUCAAGACCUCAUUCAGCUCUGUUUUAUGGGAAAAUGAAGACGUUGUGAACGAAUUUACAAAGAAGCUCAGCAUUAAAAGAAUCGGACAGCCUGAAGACAUCGGGGGAGUGAUCGCCUUCCUGUGCUCCGACGAGGCGUCCUACAUCACAGGAGAGACCAUCACCGUGUCCGGAGGGUUGCCGUGCCGACUCUGAACCGCCAGCGGAACGAGGUUCAGAACACACGGAGAAUCAAACUAAAGGGGCAACGUGUUCAACCACUGCUUAAGAUUUG